GCGAGGAUUGACAUCGCCAUUUUAUGUGUUUGGCUCUGACGCAGGUAGAGUGGAAGUGGUGCGUGGGGUGGUGAGAAAAUCUGGCGAAGUAUAUAACGUUAUUCGCAAAAUGUUGCUCAAAUACUUAAUCCCCGACAUGAGUAAGUAACGUUAAUCGAGAACGGGUUGCGCGGGUGGUGUAAUCCGGGUAUCAGUAUAAUCUGGCCGAAAUGGUGUAGUGGAGUUGUGCGUGCGUGUGUUUUCAUCGAGUGUUUCAACACUAGUUUUAACUGCUGUCACACGCUCUGUUAUUCUGUGCUAUCGAGUUAUUGGUGUUGGCUCAUAUCACGCGCAGCCUCCGGAUUUUAUUUACGAUUUUCUCAUCGGUUACAAUGAGUUCGAGAAAUAUUCCCUCAGACAAGAUAAACCUACGCCUAAUACUUGUCAGCGGUAAAACAAAAGAGUUCCUAUUUAGUCCGAGCGAUUCUGCUGGUGACAUAGCACACCAUGUGUUUGAAAACUGGCCCGAAGAUUGGGCGGAAGAAGCGGUCGCGAAGGCGGAAAUUUUACGACUAAUUUACCAGGGUCGUUUUCUACACAGCAACGUUACCUUAGGUGCGCUCGGUCUCCCCUUCGGUAAAACAAUAGUAAUGCAUCUUGUCCCACGCGAGAACCUCCCCGAGCCUAAUUCUCAAGACCAGAGACAAAAGAGUAAAGGCGGCGGAAGCAGUUGCUGCUCAGCCUCCUGUUGCAUACUUUAAAUAUUGGCUACCCUGGAUAUAAGGGCUGCUUGAAGCGAGCCGACGCUACAUCCAGGCUGGGCCAUGGUUUCUAAGGUUUUAUGCUGAUGUAUAAUUGUUAGUGGCUGAGUUCGCAAGCAGCGUAGUGUAGUAAGAAUGGUUACACGCAACGAUUGUUAAUGAUUUUAAUGAAAUAUAAUCAACCUUUUAUUUACCGCUAUAAGGAAAGAAAGAAAGAAAGAAACAAAAAAAAAAAAAAGAACAGAUACGGUGUUUGUGUAAAUUACAAUUUGGUAUUAUUGUUUCAUUUUAUUUCUUAACAGUCUCAAUUGUGUAACUGGAGCAAGACGAUCUUCGCUAUGAAUUUUCUCACACUCGCCGGUAUCGCUACGUUUAAAAUAAAAUUUACCAGCCAGAGUUAAAGCCGAACCGUAAUCUGUGCCGACUCAAUUUUACCAUUUGUAUAAGCAGGAUUCAGAAAAGGUGGUAAUAACAGAAGCGGAGGGUGGUCAUAUUAAUUGCUUACGCAAAACCCAACCCCGAGUCAAGAUUACAUCAAGUAUUUUGAGCCGACGCUACUGUGCUUUGAAGCUCAACCACUAUCUUACACCACCGCAGCGUUUAAAUUUCAUAGACGGAGAAUAAGUGUGCGAAUGAUAUAUAUAAUGAUUAACUCGAGUGACUGUUUAUGUUUGAGCAAAUGCGAAAGGGAGUAAAAAAUUUAUGUUGUGAUAAUGCAGGUAGUGAAUAUAUUAUUAUAUAUACAUACUAUUAUUAAAAUUAUAUAUUAUAUAUACAUAUAUGGAUAUAUAUAAUAUGUUCUCAUGUAUUUGUGUAUGUAUAUAUAUAUAUUAUAUACACGCGUGUGAAAGCAAGGUGAAAAAGAGAAAUAUAUAUGUACAUAAAUAUAUGUAUACGUAUGAAAAACAGUAUGAGAAGAGUUGACCCAGAGUUGAAACUCUCAUACCAUAGACUUUAUUAUCACAAAUUUAAAAUAAUAAUAAUAUUAUUAAUAAUAACGAUAAUAUUACGACGCCACUUUGAGAGUUUAGUAUCCACAAUUUAAGAUUACGAGACAACCUUGGAUCUCUACUUAACGGUAGUUUUGACGGAACGGGAUAACGAGGUUAAAAGAAA